GGGGCCCCGCUCGCCAUGGGGGAGGUGGAGAUCUCGGCCCGGGCCUACGUGAAGAUGUGCCUGCACGCCGCCCGUUACCCGCACGCCGCUGUCAACGGGCUAUUGCUGGCGCCAGCGCCGCGGUCGAGAGAAUGCCUGUGCCUCACCGACUGUGUGCCCCUGUUCCACAGCCACCUGGCCCUGUCUGUCAUGCUGGAGGUCGCCCUCAACCAGGUGGAUGUGUGGGGCGCGCAGGCCGGGCUGGUAGUAGCAGGGUACUACCAUGCCAAUGCAGCUUUGGACGACCAGAGCCCUGGGCCCUUGGCCUUGAAAAUCGCUGGGCGGAUUGCAGAAUUCUUCCCUGAUGCAGUACUUAUUAUGUUGGAUAAUCAGAAACUGGUGCCACAGCCUCACGUGCCCCCAGUUAUUGUCCUGGAGAGCCAUGGUCUCUGCUGGGUCCCCAAGGACAAGAACUUAGUGAUGUGGAGGGACUGGGAAGAGUCACGGCAGAUGGUGGGAGCAUUACUAGAGGGCCGGGCCCACCAGCACCUUGUGGACUUUGACUGCCACCUUGAUGACAUCCGGGAGGAUUGGACCAACCAGCAGCUCAACGCCCAAAUCACCCAGUGGGUUGGUCCCACAAAUGGAAAUACCUGAGCCAGGGCCAGAGGGGAGGCUCGGUCCAAUAAAGAGACUUGGGCUGUUGGGC